CAUUUCCUCCACAGUUAACAAUUACUUUAUAAGAUUUAACUUGUUACAACACCCACAGCAGUCACAAGAUACGUCUGCAUCACAUGGCAAUUAUCUGUUUGGUUGUUUUGUGUGGUCUGCCAGCUUCAGGAAAAUCUCAUCUUUCAAAACAGCUCCAAUUCUACUCAGAAUCUAGUGGAUUACAAUCAUCAAAGUUUGUUAUUGUUGAGUAUGACAGACUAUUACCUCCUCACCUAGAGAAGAUUCUUAUACUCUCAGACAGUCAACAACAGUCAAACUGGAAGAGAUACAGAGCUGGUAUUGUGAAGUGUGUGGACAAUUUGAUACAGGCAAUAAAGAAAGGGAACCAGUCUUCUGACAUAAGACUUUCAUUGGACUUUCAACUUGAAAAGGAAGUGACUGAGGCAUUAUGGGAAAAAUUUACAACUUUGUUAAAAGAAAGUAGUGUUUUAGAGAUCAGAGAUAGUGACACAGUCUAUAUCAUGAUAGAUGAUAACAUGUACUACUCGAGUAUGAGAUACAACUUUUACCAGCUGGCUAGAAAAUACGAAAUAGGUUUCUGUCAGAUUUAUCUCCAGAUAGAUGUUGACAUCGCAAUAUCCCAGAAUGCGAAGCGUGAAAUCAAGGUAGCAGAUGAUGUAAUUACUACUAUGGCAACCAAGAUGGAGCCACCGGAUUGGUCAAGAAAUAGCUGGGAGGAGCACAGCAUUACCUUUACUGAAGAGUCAGAUUUAAAGUCAGUACAUGAGUUGCUUCAGAAAGCAGUUAGCAGGCCAGUGCAGCCAGUGGAAGAUGUUGAUGUUGAGCAGCAGAACCAGUCGAGAGUGAUAUGUAGUGAAAGUUUUGUGUACCAGUCUGAUAUUAUUUUACGUAGACUGGUUUCACAUGAGAUGUCAGUAGCAAAAGGUAUAAUUACUAGAUUUCUUUUUUUUAUCAUAGAUUGCUUUAGGAAGAUAUAA